AUGGCAAAACGUUACAGCUUCUAUACUACCGGCCAGUUUAUGAAUCCUGGUCCGGCUCCCCGACCGCCCACAGACCAAAGACCACGCCUCAACCUCACUCCUAGUACCAAUUAUCCCGGAAGCAUGUCGAACGUAGUUUCGUCGCCCAUAACACGAACUGCUACGUCUACAUAUACGGGUUCUACAAUCUCCCUACCCCUCGCCCGAGAGCGAUCCAACCAAACAGAUGGUAUGGGAGGUGUAGCGGUCAUUAAAGAGGGUUGGGCACAAGUCAAAGAGAGCAGGAACUUUAUUCAACCUUGGAAGCAAAAAUAUCUUAUCCUGCGCAAGGAAGCUCUCGACUUUCAUAAGACCGAGGGCGGUAAAGUUUCUUAUACAUUAUUAUUAAAAGAUGUGGUCAAUGUUGGACGAGUCGAAGCCGCCGGUACCAUAUUCGAGAUAAAGAGGAACCUACCUGGUUCUUCUAGUAGUCCUGGUGAUGACGAUGGCCAAAUUCGAACACUACAUAUUAGGGUCAAAAGCGAUGAUGACCUUUAUGACUGGAUUGACCUCCUGUAUGGUCGAUGUCCGACCAUGGGCGGAGUUAGCAAUCCGACUAACUUCUCUCAUGCGGUACACGUUGGUUUCGAUCCUCAAACAGGACAAUUCGUUGGAUUACCUCCCGAAUGGUCCAAGUUAUUGAAUUCGUCCGCCAUUACCAAAGAAGACUACGAGCGAAAUCCUCAGGCCGUCUUCGAAGUUUUGGAUUUCUACUCGGAUCUUACUAAGCGAGCAGAGAACCCUCAGCAAUAUCCAAGCCUUACCCCUACUCCCCCUCCCGGUUCUCAGCAGAACAAACAACUCGGAUAUGGAGGCGGUGGCGCUUCUGUCGCCCCACCCCGACCGAUGCCACCUUCACAACGCAGCUAUGGCAACAACUCACCGUCACAACAAACCGGUCCCGCUCCACCCCGCCCAGCUCCCCCCUCUCAGCAACAGUCGACGAUACAGCCCCUCGGUAUUAACUACGGGGGACAAACGGCGGAUCAGGUGCGCGACGAAGCGCGCAAGAAGGCACUUGAGUUGCAAAGGCAGCGCGAAAUUGAGGAGCAGAACCGCCGUGAUCUGGAGGCUUAUAAUGCUUCUAUUCCGCAGAAGAAACUCCCUAUGGCUCAACAAGAGAUAGGUGGAUACGGCGGAGGUCCUCCGGCUUCACAGGAUCGCUAUAACCCUACUCGAGCAGCGCCUCCUGCACCAAAACCGGCCAACCAACAAGCAAACGGACUUCGCGCUCAACGACCUGCUCCGCCAGCUCCAAGUUCUUCGUCGCCUGCGCCUGCUAGCCGACCUGCCCUUACUCCUCAGUCCAGUACCGGCUCCGUCCCGACUACCCGUGAUCCCCAAAGCCAAGCACAAAGGGCACCACCGCGCAAUGAUCAACAGUCACCUGCACAGAGAUACCCUAACAAUGCCAACGGCACGCAGCAACCCCAGAACCCGGCGUUAUCCCGCUUACCGGCUCCCGUCAAGCCUCUCAAUGUUCCAGCGAAGCCUAGUCAACCUCAGCAAAAUGAUGGUGUCAAGGCCGCGGAGGCUGCUCUCACAGCUAAGCCACCGGCGUCAGAAAGAAAACAGGACGUUCGCAUGUCUACCAUGUCCGAAAAGGAAGUCAUGCAGAAGCUGGUUGAAGUUGUCUCGAAGGAUGACCCCAACCUAUCCUACUCUAAGCAGAAGAAAAUUGGACAAGGUGCUUCCGGUUCCGUCUACGUCGCAAAGGUCAAGGAGGGUGCCGUUUCUGCUGUUGCUCGAGAAGUCCUGCGCUCGCAAGGCGCCAGAGCCCAAGUUGCUAUUAAGCAGAUGGAUUUGGCACACCAGCCUCGUAAGGAACUUAUCGUAAACGAAAUCAUGGUCAUGAAGGACAGCAAGCACCGCAAUAUUGUCAACUUUCUCGACGCUUUCUUGCGUAAUAACAACGCGGAAUUAUGGGUUGUCAUGGAAUAUAUGGAAGGUGGUGCUCUGACAGAUGUUAUUGACAACAAUUCAGUCAUUACCGAGGAACAAAUUUCGACAAUCUGUCUCGAGACUUGCCGUGGAUUACAACACCUCCACUCUCAGAAUAUCAUCCAUCGUGAUAUUAAGAGUGAUAACGUCCUUCUGGAUGCCCGCGGAAACGUGAAGAUUACUGAUUUCGGUUUCUGCGCGAAGCUCACUGAGACUAAAUCUAAACGAGCAACUAUGGUCGGAACACCAUACUGGAUGGCGCCCGAGGUCGUCAAGCAAAAGGAGUAUGGCCCGAAGGUCGACAUUUGGUCUCUCGGUAUCAUGGCCAUCGAGAUGAUUGAAUCUGAACCGCCAUACCUUAACGAAGAGCCCCUAAAGGCUCUCUACCUGAUUGCAACCAACGGUACACCGCGUCUGAAGAAACCGGAAAAGCUGAGCAAGGAGCUCAAGGCUUUCCUAUCAGUCUGCUUGUGUGUUGAUGUGAAGAGCCGUGCCUCGGCGGAUGAACUGCUGCAGCAUGAUUUCUUGAAGCAUGGUUGCCCACUCGCCAGCCUAUCUGAAUUACUCGCAUUCCGAAAGCACGCCAAAUAA